AUGUCUAACUACGGCAAGAAAACCGUCAUCACCAUUGCGGACGUGUCUAACUACACCAAGAAAACCGACCUCACCGAUGCGGAACAGGCAGAGAUCGAAGUGAUGAUGGAGGGCCCGUUCCAGGUCAUCCGGGCGGACCUCAAGCCUACCGCACCUCAGAAAGAAACAUUUUGGGCGGCCAUCUUUAAUGGAUGGUUCGCAGGCAUGUUCCCAUUCCCUCCCCGGCCCCCAGAACGCAUACUGGCCAAGUUCGCCACUGUCAUCGGCACCUGGGGCGAGGAUAUCGAUGAUAGCCCCCAGACACCGGCCGGGAAUGUGGAAGCAGGCUCAUCAUCAAGUAAACCAACUGGAAUGAAGAGAAAGGCAGAUGAGAUGUCGGGAUUUCCGCAGGUUGGAAGUGGACGGAAUGCACCAACCCAGCGACGUAAGGGUUCGGCGGCUCUGAUCCUACCAGCACGAGCCAAAUACCUUGGAUCCCUCACCUGGCUGGCAAGCGACUCGCUUGGAAAGAGUGCACCUCUCAAAUACAUCAAGUGGAGUAACGCGGAUGAAACUGAUCCCAACGACCGAGGCCACUUCACCACAGAGCAGCAGAUCAGCGGCAUGGCCAGGUACGACGAUAGCCAGAUCGCAUGGGUCAACGAGUGGAACAAUUCCCUGGCGUUGUACCUCAUCCGAUGCAGGAUCCAUACGAUGGAGUUCCCCGACGGUCCCACUGAUUUUGCCGUCUUCAGUACCGCCGACUACAAGUCAUUCGAACUCUUUGGUACAGAAUUCGACAAGUUGGCGGCAGCAAAGCGGGACGCCACCGUCAAUGCAAGCCUCGCACCCCAUUUCCGCCCUAUCUUCCCGACCUAUCUGGCACUGCAAUGA